AUGCGGCCCAUCGUGGCCCUGGUGCUGCUGCUGGGCAUCAGCUCGGCGUGCGCAGCCGGCUUCACUGGCGUGCGCAAAAAGACUGACGGCGUGAACUGCCGCGUGCCCAUCAACCAGCUGGCCUGCCGCCUGGACGCCAACAACAACGUGCAGGCGCUCUUCUACGGGGGCUGGGGCCGCAACGCCGCGGCCACUGCCCUGGGCACGGGCACCUACCUCCGUGGCCCCGCCAACGGCCCUGGCAACUCAGUCUACUGGUACACCAACUACUGGUGCAACCCUUGGGGCUUCCUGCAGCGCUGCGCCGCCAUCGGGUCCUCUGUGCUGGCGCCCGCCCCCGCCGGUGGUGAUAUCACCGCGGUGCGCCAGGUCCCCGCCGUCAACCCCGUCGUGCCUUUCCCUGACAACGGUGUCAACGGCGCCAUCCCCGUCAUCGAGUACGUGACCGGCAUGCGCGUGUGCUACACCAGCGGCUACAAGAGCAGCCCUAUCGCGCGCAUCCAGUGGGACACCCGCAAGUUCGAGGCCACGUGGGUGGAGGACCCCGCCUUUGCGAACCCGCCCUUCCCCCAGGUCACCGCCACGGCCCAGACGCGCACCGUGGAGUGCGGCCGCAGCAACCCCGUCUGCGCCUUCGAGGAGGAGUUCGUGGCGCCGGCCAACCAGGUGCUGGGUGGCAUCUACGCCAAGUGCAAGUUCUCCCAGGGCUUCGCCAAGUGGUUCAGCAAUGGCCUGUUCAAGCCCCGCUACUGGAUGGAGAAAAUCAAGAAGGCCUGCGCCACCCAGCGGAAGGAUGUGUGCGGCGCCUGA